AUGAAGCUGACAAUGCAGGUCCAUCAAGCUGUGAGACGGCUCGCCCAAAGCCCUAUUCAGUAUCAUAGAACUCGUCAAUUUGUCCGCAAAUUCCAUGGUCACAGUACCCCUAGAGUACCUCGAGGUCUACCCAGCUCGUGGCCAUCUGCCAUUCUCGCAGCUGGUGUGACAAGUUUUGGGUUAACAUCUUGGCUAUAUGCACCAUGGGCGUCUGACCACAGUGAAAAACAACAGACAAAGUACGCCGAUCGAGAGACUAUGCUUAAGGUAAGCUCAAGGUGCUCACCAAAAAUCGUCGCGGCCAAUGCUAAGGAAUGCCAGGGUGUGAAAGCAAUUGUCGAUGUCCUCGGGCCAGAAUCGAUAACAAUGAACGAGGAUGAUAUUGAUUGGCAUUCCAACUCGGAAGCUUCGACAGCACAAUGCGCUACCAAACCAGUAGCGGUUGUUUCACCAAAGAACACGGAAGAGGUAUCAAUUAUUGCGCGCAUAUGUUCCGAGUACAAGAUUCCUAUGAUUCCUUUUGCCGGUGGGUCAAGUGUCGAGGGGCAUUUCACAGCUCCAUACUCUGGAUUGAGUAUCGACUUCUCUGCGAUGAAUCAAAUCAUCAAAUUUCAUGAAGAAGACAUGGACGUGGUCGUGCAGCCAGGAGUUAAUUGGGUUGAUCUGAACGAUAAGAUCAAGGACAGUGGCCUUUUCCUGCCCAUGGAUCCUAGUCCGACCGCUCUUAUUGGAGGCAUGGUCGCUACGAACUGCAGUGGAACAAAUGCGGUUCGUUACGGGACAAUGAAGGACUGGGUCAUUAACCUUACAGUCGUGUUGGCAGAUGGCUCCGUUAUCAAAACUCGUCACCGGCCAAGAAAAACAUCAGCGGGCUACAACCUUACCGGCUUAUUUACUGGCUCGGAAGGUACUCUUGGAAUGAUCACGGAAAUUACACUCAAACUGGCACCAAUUCCUGAGAACGAAAGUGUCGCUGUGGCUACAUUCCCGUCUGUGAAAGAUGCAGUGUCAUGUGUCUCGAAAGUUAUACGUCGAGGGAUCCUUGUUGCAUCUGUGGAACUUAUGGACGAGAUACAAAUGGCUGUGCUAAAUCGGAAUGGAGGCUCAGGUGGGAGGACAUGGCAGGAGAAACCUACAUUACUUUUCAAGUUCUCUGGAAGCACCGAGGCUAUCGCAGCUGACAUCGAGCGUGUCGAAAAGUUGGUCACCAAACAAGGAGGCAGCGCGUUUGAAUUCGCGAGGACAACAACGGAGAUGCAUAAUCUCUGGGCUGCUCGCAAGGAAGCUCUGUGGGCAAUGUUAGCACAAAAGCCCGAGGGAACCCAAAUAUGGUCCACAGAUGUUGCGGUGCCGUUGUCAAGAUUGCCAGAAAUCAUCGAUCUCUCUAAAAGAGAGGCACAAGGUUUAGGAUUGUUUUCCAGUGUUCUAGGCCAUGUUGGCGAUGGAAAUUUUCAUCAAGCUAUCAUGUAUGACCCGAACAGCGCUGCGCAGGUUAAAGCUGUACAGGGCUGUGUCAGCAAUAUGGUUCAUAGGGCCGUCGAAAUGGAGGGAACAGUCUCAGUUGGUUUCACCUGA